AUGGUUGUCAAUAAAGCUGAACGAAUAAAACAAGCUGUAAAGCGGGAAAAGGUUCGUGAAGAACUGAUGGACAAGUACGGCCAGCGGUGGAAAAAUAAAGUCGGAAUCGGCGACAAGAAAAGUGGCAACAAGAAAAAAUCCAAGGGGAAGGGAGGAAAAGCAUCAGAUAAAACAAAGAAGUCGAAAAAGAAGAAGUCGAAGAAAACUGCAGACUAA